UAUGAAUUCAAUAAGUCGAAAGAAAGACAGUAAAUCUAGAAAACGUGAUCAUUUUACAUCGAUUUCUCCGAAUAAGGUCCGGUUCGGUAGAAGCAUACAUAAAAGAAUUCAAAGACUCUUCGAGACUCAAACUUACUCUUCAAAAAGAAGAAAUAUUAAGUAUUCACCAAAUCUUGCAAGAAAAAAUAAGCCCAAAGGUCAUUUUGAUCGUGUAAAAAUAGCAAGAGUAUUCUCACCCAAAAAUCCUAGUUACAGAAAAUUAUAUAUAAAAUUCAAGUCAAUAAACACUCCUAAAAACCGAAAACACCAGAAAUCGAUCAAAAAGCCGCUCAAAAACCUCAAAAGCAGGCUAAAAGUGAAUAAAACGGCUCUAAAAUCUAAAAACAAGAACAUAACUGUUACUAAUCCCUCUAAACCUAUCAAACUAGACUGUCUUUCUCAGAAUAGUUUCUGAGCUGCUUUUAAGCGAGGCAAUCUAGGAAUCGUAGGAAUAGAUACAAAGAAGGCGAAUAAACUCAAGAAGGAAGAACAGAAAAAAAUAUUUAUGUCAAGCAUUCAGAAUAAGAGAAAGAUAUCGUCUGGCUAUAUCGAUAUUGGAAAAAUAGCCUAUCAUAUGCCGAAGAGUAGUCCAGAUGGUUUUCUAAAAAUAGGGGAUGAUAUGCCACCUCUGAAUUUCACCAAUUCACCUCUAAUAAACAUAACCAAAAGACCUGCGGAACAGUUUGAAUUUGUUGCUCACAGCCCAUGCUUGCCACCAUCUUCUAUCAGUGUCAUUUCUCAUGGAAUAAAGGAGGUAUCUGAUGAAUAGGCUACUCCUC